AUGACAGAGGAGUCGUCUUCUGUCCGCUCGUCUCAGGGGUCUUCACGCCGUGCGCCCAAGAAUCCCCAGCAGCAGCUCUCGCAGAUAGAAAAGUCCGUCACACAUCUGCUCGUCGCCACAAAGCAGCUCCUCGAGACGUUGACGCUAUGGUCGCGCGGGACAGCCACCGAGAGCGAGGUCUCCGACGUCUACGUGCGUCUGGGCUAUGAAUUCAACAUCGCGUCACGCGCCUUUAACGCAAUCGGCGUCGAUACCAACGACCUCGGAAACGUCCCAGAGUUACUGCGUGGCAUACUAGAGGAGACGCUGAGCCAGGAAGCAUCACAAGCCAGCCUCGACAAUUUCCUCCCGCGGAUACGAGACAUCAUAAUAAACCUGCUCCACGGCCUGAAGAAGAAGCAACAGCGGUUACGGCAGCGCACAGGAAGAGAUGGCUCUCUCAACGGUGGUGGUAGCCCGCGUCAGGGCAGCGUUGGGAGCAGUGGUGAGGUUGAGGAACAUCAACAGCCAAGAUCAGCAAGCCAAAGGCUCCCCUCGAGAGGUGACAGCCCAGCGUUUGGGGGCCCUGAUCUUCCACCACGUUCAUCUUCGGUAGCUGGAGGGCGGGCCUCUCCAAGCAAGUACGAUGCUCUCCCUUCGAACCCGAAAGCGAACCGCUCGACCGCCGCAAGCCAGCUCUCCACAGACUCGUCCAUAUCGAGCAGCACUGCUCAGCAGACGCCUGUCGUUGCUCCGUAUCCAGCAGACGAUGCCAUGCCCAAGACACCCGACCCCCCGCGACCCAACUACCCCGUCGACUUCCCUCCACCUCCACCCCCACCGAAACAGGAAGAUGCGCUGGCAGCAUUGCAAAGAGGUGGUGAGCUUGAACGCAGGGCUUCACGACGAUUUUCAGCAUACCAGAUCCAGAAGCAUCUUGGAACAAAUGGCAUUCCACUUCCACCAGUGCAAAAUUCGCCCAUACCGAAUAGGGGACGGGAUGUACGUGAAUCCAUGAAUGCAGUUCGAACGAGAGCAUCCAUGAUGCACAACCGCCAGCGGUCGAAUCAGAGUUUAACGCAACAGAGACCUGCUGUGGAAACCAAGUUUUCUUUCGAUCAGCCCAACGAAAGACGCAUAUCCGAGGAAAGUUCUCAGAGCACCGCACCGAGCAUUCUACCACCUAGAGAGAAUGGGCCCGAAGACAGUCCCGUUCAAAAGACACCAGACGACAAGCUCGCACAGCCACGAUUCCCGGAAAGCGACCAGCUUUCACUAGGUGCUACUUUGAACGGUCCAUUAUCAGAGCCGGCUGAGCUUGGAUCUGCAUCGCCAGUGAAAGAAGAACCAUCCAGACCUACAGCCAGCCGCAACAGCUCUUACAGAGCCAAGACACCAUCUCCACAACCUUCACAGUUCAUCCCAGAGCAAUCGCCUCAGCAAGGAAAAGAGCUUACCUUGUUCCUUCAAUAUAAAAGCAAAAUCAAGAAAUAUGUCUUCACAGACGGUGCUGAGCUCUCCUCCGCUCGGCUACAGCUUGCUUUCAUCGAGAAGUUUGCCUGGGAUACCCACCGUUACGGCGAUCUGCCUGAGAUCCACAUCCAGGAUCCUGUUUCUGGCGUACGGUACGAGCUCGAGGAUAUCCACGACAUCAAAGAUCGAUCUGUGCUCGUCCUAAACGUAGAACAACUCGACGAAGUAAAAAGUCACAUCGACGAUAAGUUUGGCGGACUCAGCAAACUUGUCGAGAGCAUAAAGACAGUAGUCGAAGAUCAGCAGGCAACCAUACAACGAGUGGCCGAACGUCAACAACAAACAACGAAGGAGAUCGCUGGGAUUUCCGCAGCGCCUCUCUCUUCAGCUCGCAACUCUGCACUACUUCCUUCUCGCCCUAUUGCAAUAGGCGCGCCUUCCCCUGACAAUGUUACUUCGGCCACCCAACUUAGCGAGGUCCAGUCGCUGCGUCGUGAUCUGGCAGUCGUCCGACAGACCUAUUCAUCAUUUGUGUCGGACAUACAGGCUAGCAUGUCAACGAUACGCACAAAAGCCAGUGCUGUUAAAUCGACUGCUAUAAAGGCUGCCUUGCCCUCGCUUGAUGGAGACAGCGGUCGCGCGUACAUCAACACCGGGAAGAAGGCCCUGCAGGACGACUCAGAGAAGAUUGUUAACAGGGUGGACGACCUGCAAGAUCUUGUUGAGGAUCUCAGAAAGGACGUGGUCCUACGUGGUGUGCGACCUCUUCCCCGUCAGCUGGAGACUACUGCGAAGGAUCUUUCGACUGCUACUGCAGAGCUCAAGAAAUUGCAGGAUCUCCUCGCUAAAGAGAAACCCCUCUGGACCAAGAUCUGGGAACAGGAAUUACAGACUGUAUGCGAAGAGCGAGACAUGCUCACCAUGCAGGAAGAAUUGGCGGCCGAUUUGCAGGACGAUCUCGAAAAAGCAGCACAAACACUUGAACUGGUUGAGCAGGCGACCAAACAGCAGAAUCUUGAAAGUGAGAAAGAGGCUGGAAAGGGUAUGCGCUCCGCUAGUGGCCGCAACAUGCUCAAUGCGGUUGCUCUUGACAAAGCCGUGGAUCCACGUCAGGCUCGAGAUGGUGUGCUUGGCGAAGUCAAAGCCCUGCAGCCGAACCACGAAGGCAGGCUUGAGGCCAUUGAGCGGGCUGAGAAGGCGCGACAGCGUGAUCUUGAGACUAGGAACGAUGAUGAGUUCAAGCGCGAGCUUGGAAACUUUGUCGAGGAGGGCAAGCUCAAGAAGAGUGGCGGCGUCGAGGAGGCAGAGCGCCUCCGCAAAGCGAAAGACGAGCGCGCGCGAAAGGAGAACUUUGAGCGGGAAGCUGCAAGACAACGAGCCAAAGCGGAGAAACAGCAGAGAGAGGCUGAAGCCGCUGCCGCUGCCGCCGCCGCGGCAGCGACCAACGGCGACGGUGCUGAAGGCCAGAAUGGAGAGGCUGAAGCCCCAGCAGAAAACCCAGAGGAGGCCAAGGCAGAUGAAGGUGGUGCUGCCUAG